CUGUUCAGGGUCAAUUUUUUGCUUGAAGAAAUAUGCGAAGACCUGAAUCCACAUCUUGCAGAGUUGUUUUCUAGAAAAUGGCUCGUAGGCUGUUCGGCUAUUGAAACUAUAUGCAUAACUGUCCAAGAUUACUACGCUGACCAUCGUCAUCUUCGACCUGCCACUCGAUGUGCCCUUUUAAUGGACUUACAGUUCCGAAUAGUUGGCGAAUAUUUAAGAGCCAUCGAUUCUCGUCGCCUCACAUUUGCAACAUAUGAAGAGCGAGCUGCUGCAGGUUUUCGUAUGAAAGCGGACUCUACGCGACUUGAAGCGUUAUUCCAGCAACUGCUUGAUACUGGGGAUAUUAAUGAGCCUUUUUCUCUCGUAACAUCUCUGAUCGCGGCCUGCGGCGAUGUGAUUAGCCUCCGUGACAAAUCGCUACUCACGUUGGAAGUGACAACAUUUAGCAGAAAGUAUCCAAACAUUCCUCUGGACCUGCUCGCUGCUUUACUCGCAAGUCGUGACGAUGUCUCUCGAAGCGAAGCAAAAUCAAUGGCAGAUGAUGUGAUGUCUCACGUACAGUUCCACCCAAAAGAUCGCGUUUUGGAUCAGCUCUUCGCUUCAGUUGUUGGGCGAAGUGAUUCAACGUCGUGGAAGCCCAAUCUCGACAUGAUGAACAUGUUGUCCGCAUUUAUGCGAAGGGAUCAGCCCCAAUCCUAA